GUUGGAUAGUCGGAUAUCGAACCCCACGCGGGGCAGGCCAUCGGGACGUUCCGGGGCAGUCACGUGGUGCGGGAGCCCUUUGAAGUCAUUGCUGGAUGUACUCCGGAGUAACUACAUGGAUGAAUGGACAUAACAUACAAAGUAUGUCCCUUCGCGUUACUUUCCCUGGGAGAGUAGAGAGUCGGUAUGACCAGCUUCCAUAUCUGUCAAGCUUUUCUUUCCGUUCGAUGUUCAUUUCGUAUAUACCGUACAAAUACAGUCUGUGAUGAUCGGGCACCGGUAAAACCUAUCAGUUCUAGAAUUCUUCGUAU